UGCUGGAGAGCACAGCUCACCGCAUUAGGCCGAGUAGCCCAUCAACCACACCACUUGACUGUGGAGAGUAAGACACACAAAAAAGCACACAGCAGACAUAACUAAAAAUCACGCUCAACAAUCACCCUCGAUCAGUGGUGUCUUAUCGCGUCCAGCAUUGGUGAAGUGGAGAUUAUUGCGUGCGUUCUGCUGGGCUGUCAUCAAAAAAAGAGAAACUGUGUGACAGUUGUGAUAGCGCAUUGUUUGCAACUGAUAAGAGUGGACCCGUGCGGGAAGUCAAGAAGAUGCCUCGAACAACGGUGACGCUAGUAUCGAUCUGGCUGUGUUUGCUGCUGGACGGCGUUUGGAGUGCAAGCGGUGACGUAACGUCGACAGUGCAUUCACCAACAACAACCACCAAAAUGGCCGAGGUGCAACAGGUUUUCACGCAGCACGAAGUCAUUCCCGAUGUGAUCGAUGCGGCACCGAAAGAGUUUGCUAAGAUCACCUACCCGAGCGGUGUCAGCGUUGACGGUGGUAACGAGCUGCGUCCGACCCAGGUGAAGGAUCAACCACGCGUCGAAUGGACGGCCAAACCGGACACCUUCUACACACUGUUCAUGGUUGACCCGGACGCACCGAACCGCAAGGAGCCAAAGUUCCGCGAAAUUGGCCACUGGUUGGUGGGUAACAUUCCCGGCACAAAGGUGGAGGACGGUGACCAUAUGUACGCGUUCGUCGGUUCCGGACCGCCGAACGGUAGCGGUUUGCAUCGGUACGUGUUCCUGGUGUACGAACAGCCGGCCGGACGGAUCGACUACUCCAAGGCACCGCGCGUCUCGAACCGCAGCCGUAACCAUAGGGUAAACUACAAGCAUCGCGAGUUUGUGCGGGAGUACGGGCUCGGUGAGCUGGUGGCGGGAAAUUUCUACCAGGCACAGUACGAUGACUACGUACCGACGCUGCACGCUCAGCUAUCGUCCGGAACCGAGUAGAGCCGAUAAGCCAAUCGGGCGAUAGACUUUAAUGCUAAGCAUCAAAAAGUUCCGAAUCUGGUUUGUAACGCAAAAAAUGCAAUCGAAACAAGAAUGUUGACAGCUAUCAAGGUCCCGCGUGAGGCUUGCCGUGUAGUGGCAUUAUCACAUCAAAUAUUCUCUAAUUAAAGAGCUUCAUGUACGCUCUAAUGAUCGUUUUUCGCUUGCCUUAGCCGCGACGGCAUUCAAUGACCUGUGGAGAGUUAGAUAAUCGAUGCAAAGGUAGACAAGAGACGAGCACAACAUCUGAUCCACUCUA